UUACAGACUCACUAAAGGGGAGUGCCUGGGACACACGGCAGCACAGACGGUGACAGACAAGGAAAGUGUGACCUAAAGUAAGAGGGAGGGGAGAUGGGAUGACCUGAUAAAGGGAGGGGAGAGCCCUGAAGUCAGGACCAUAUAACUAGUGGCAGCCAGCACAGUGACAAGUUAGAUGAUUCCUAGUACAAAUGCAGAAAUAUAGGAAGAUUUUUAACGAAGAGAACCAGGCUGAGCAGAAGUUGCAUCAGAGAUAUUUAUAACAUUCUAUCCAAGUGGGUCUAAGAUUAGACAUUGGUUCUGCCAAACAUGUACAAGGCCGCUCUGCUCCUGCUGCUAUUGAACAGCUCAUCGGUGCUUUCGGUUCAGGGUACAUUGGAUAUAACAGAUUUAACAGAGGAUGAUGCAGGAAAGAAAAGAGCUGACGUGUGGUUCUCUGGUGUCCAUGAGGUGCAAGACCUGGCACAGCUCUCCUGGGCUUACCUGAAGGACAUUCAGUGCUGGCUGUGGUCAGACAAGCGUGAAGAGAAGAAGGGUGAUGCUGAGUGGAGCUGGCACCGCUUAGGAUGGGAUUCCCUCCAUGUUCUGACUGACUGGUUUGCCAGAUUGACGGAAGGCAGGGAUCUUACACAUGGGAUGAUUACAAACCUCACAGGUCUGCAGGUAGAUCUGGAGAGGAGGAUACAUGGUCAGAACCUGGCUGUGCACCAGAUUUUAUCUUCCCUAGAGAUGUUCCUACAGGACCAUGGACCUAAAAAUACCUUGGUUCUGUCAUUCCAUGGCUGGACUGGUACCGGCAAGAACCUCGCUGCACGUAUAAUGGCAGAAAACCUUUACCAGGAUGGACAGCGAAGCCGGUGUACCAAAGUGUUCAUCCCACAACUGCACUUCCCUCACCUCUCACACUUGGAAGCCUACAAGGUUCAGUUGGCCAAGCAGAUCCGAGAGGUCUCCUCGCGCUGUGCGCAGCCCCUAUUUGUGUUCGAUGAGUCGGAUAAGAUACCAGCAUCCCUCCUCCACUACAUCGUUCCUCUUCUUAGUGCAACAGAUGCACAGGAAGCCCGUCCCAUCUUCAUAUUCCUCAGUGGAAUUGGUGGCAGUGCUAUCAACGAGGUGGCACUUAACUUCUGGCGUGCUGGGCGUCAUCGUGAAGAGAUCACAUAUGAUGCUUUGGACCGUCCAUUGAAAGCUGUCAUACGACAGAGCGAAGUUCAGCUCCUGCCACAUUACCUCCUCACCGCGGGUCUGGUCGAUGCCUUUGUGCCUUUUCUGCCCCUGGAGCGGCGUCACGUGAAGCUGUGUGCCCAAGAUGUCUUAGUGGCCCGAGGUCUACCAUACACGGAGAGCGAUCUGGAACCUGUCAUCAAGGAGCUGCUGUUCGUGCCGAAGGAUGAAAAGGUUUUCUCUGCCCAAGGCUGUAAACAGGUGGCACAAAGAAUCAACUUCAUGAAGUUCUAACUUAAUAGGGAGAGACUCCCUGGAUGUUGGGAACAAGCUAGAAGCCAUUUAGAGCUACAGAAAGGACAGGGAGGAGCCUACAUCAGAGAGUGCGGGAUGCGGACAGUAGACCGGGGAAGCCUGGUGUGUGGCUGGUGCAGACUGUUACUUAGCUAUUGCUCUGGCCCAAUGUAAGCUACAGACUCUUCUUUCAUUGUGACAUACAUUAAGCUGUUACAUGAGCUUUGUGAAGGCUCUUACAAAUGGAACUGACAAUACAGAUCAGCAUCAUUUGUAUCAAUGAACUGUUACAAGUAUUGUAUGAAAUGUUAUCUAUUUAUUGAUAUUAACACGUAUUUGAUGCAACUUUUUUUGUACUGCCAAUAAAUAUUUUAUCCUAUAUAUAA